CAUUAUCUGGCACGUCCUUAUUGUGGUUAGCUAUUCAAAUACCAAAAUAGCUAGGACGCUAAUAAUUGUUAUAAUUUCACGGAUGCAUUGUGUACAUGUCACUGGGUUCCAAAAGUGUAGUGUUGGCUGCACAGUCCAAUAUCUAUUAGUGUAUGUUCAGUACUCAGUGUAUAUUCGUUUGUUGUCCACAAAAUUACUCAGUUCAAUACACCCAAAGUCGAAUUAUAUAUAUUUUUCAAACAUAACUAUAAUGCACACAACAUUCCAACAUUUCUUAGCAUGAAAUGUGCAAUCUUUAAAAAAAAAGAAUUCUAAACAAUUUUCGUUACUUGAAAUUAUGGCCUUUUAUUUUGAAAUCGAAACCAGGAGACGCUAGGAAACCACUAUUGUUGCUCCCGCGUACUGUUGCGAGCUUCUUAUACGUGAUAGCCAGCUAACUAGCGUAGUAUAUUAUCUAGUGUGUUGUCAGUGCUGGAGCAGAUAUUUAGAUUCAGCCAUGACAAUGUUCAGAGGACUCUACAUGACAGCUCGUGUCGUUCAUGGAAUUCAUGUUUCCUCGCGAUUUAUCCAUAAACACACGCGAUUCUUCACACUUGGGUUGCGAAACAUCAGCACCGGUAGACCCGUGCAAAAUUAUUUUUUCAAAGAUCUGGAGAACCAGUUCAAAGCAUUCAGAGAGAAAACGGCAGAAGCCAUGCCUAGCAGUGACUGGACUCCUUUUGAGAUAAACCGCUCACUACCGCCCGAGAGAGCCGACAUUGUCAUUGUAGGAGGGGGCGUGAUGGGCUGGUCGAUCGCCUACUGGCUAAAGCAGAAGGAGAAAAUUCGGGAAGGGGUGCGGGUGCUAGUGGUGGAAAGGGAUCCAACUUAUUCCCAGGCCUCCACAGUGUUGUCUGCUGGGGGAAUUCGACAGCAGUUUUCCUUGCCAGAGAAUAUCGUCCUGUCUAUAGCCUCUGCUGAUUUCAUGAGGAACAUCAAUAAACACUUGAGUGUGCUGAAUGAAGAUCCUGUGGACCUGCAGUUCAACCACUCUGGAUAUCUAUUUCUGGCCAGUGAAAAUGUAGCUCAGAUCAUGGAGGAAAACUACAAAACCCAGAGAUACGUCGGAGCAAAAGUCGCUCUUCUUUCACCCACACAACUAAAAGAGAAAUUUCCAUGGAUAAAUACUGAUGGAAUAGUGCUGGCCUCAUAUGGGCUGGAGAACGAAGGCUGGUUCGACCCCUGGACAUUGCUGAACGCUUUCAGACGGAAGGCCAUAUCCAUGGGGGUCUACCAAUGCUUUGGAGAAGUUACAGGUUUUAAGUACACCACAAACUCAAUGAAUACUGCAGAAGGCAACAAGCUGGAUUUCCAGAGAAUCAAAUACGCUAAUGUCCAGAUGCCCAACAGUCUGGAGUACCAGCCGGUGGAGUGUGCCAUCGUGGUGAAUGCUGCAGGGGCCUUCUCUGGUAAGGUGGCAGAGAUGAUGGGCAUCGGCUUGGGUCUUAAAGACACCAUAGCUGGCGUCCCUCUUCCCGUGGAGCCCAGGAAAAGAUUCGUCUAUGUGGUCCACUGUCCAGAUGGGCCAGGGCUGGAAACUCCCUUCCUCAUAGAUUACUCUGGAGUGUACUUCAGAAGAGAGGGCCUGGGAGGAAACUACAUAGCUGGAAUGUCACCAGAGGAAGAGGAACCAGACACCAGUAACCUGGAGGUGGACCACCAGUUCUUCCAGGAGAAAGUCUGGCCCCGUUUGGCCCACCGGGUCCCUGCCUUUGAGAAUCUUAAGGUGAAGAGUGCAUGGGCCGGCUUCUACGACUACAACACCUUCGACCAGAACGGCAUCGUGGGCAAUCACCCCCUGGUCAACAACAUGUUCUUCGCCACAGGCUUCAGCGGGCAUGGGCUGCAGCACUCACCGGCAGUGGGUCGGGCCAUCGCUGAACUUAUCCUCGAUGGGGGCUUCCAAACCCUGGACCUGAGUGCGUUCAGCUUCCAACGCAUUAUUACCCAGGAACCCAUGUUAGAGAAGAACAUUGUCUGAAAGGGAGGGAGAUUAACAUUCUUGGAGAAGAGUGGAACGAGGAAUGCCUUGAUGAAUGACUUAAUGGGAGUUUGGAGUCUGGUAAUGUGGUUUCCCGUUCGUGUCUUUACUAAAUUACCAACCGGAACCACCGUGUGUUGGGCCCUGUAAAAUCCAUCUUGCGGAAAAUGCAGACUUCCACAAUAUUCUGAAAUGUAUCGCACUAAAUGGGGAAUCAACAAAAAUGUAUUUAAUUAAUUUGUCCAAAUUAAUCAUUAAUGUAUUUUACCGAUUUGUAUUUCCUGGAACUUUCUGAAGAGGCAAAAAUAAUGCUUGUGUCUGUAGGCUUGUGUACUGUUAGCAAAUAUGCCAAAGAAGUCUUCUAAGUUGUUGAAGGCUUUCCUAAAAAAAAAACUCAA